CACUCAAUCGCCCAGACAUCAGUCGCGUUUCACGGAUCGCAUGCGGCAUCUCUCAGAGUAUCCAAAGCGCGCUGAAUGAACGCCACAGAAAAACAGACGUACAUAUCUAUCUGUAUCUGUAUCUUUUAAAACCGCCGAUCGCGUUGAAAUCGUGAGAUCGUCUAAACGAAGCGCGCACGUAAAAACCCAAGAGGGCCAUAAAAACAACGUUUACAAAACAUAACAACAAAAUCCAACAACAAAUACCGUGUCUGUGCCUGUGUGUGUGUGUGAGUGUAGUGCAUUGUGGUGGCGCCAUCUAGCGGCCCAUAAAUAUUAUGAAAAAUCCAACUAUCAUGGAAUGCAGCUUAAGCAACAAUAACAACAACAACAACAACAACAGCAUCACAACAUCUAACAAUAUCAACGGAAACGGAAACGGAAAUGGCAACAGCACCAGCCAAGAGCAGCGCCCUCUACUGGCAAAAACAAAUGCCAUUUCACCCAAACUAGGCACCAAUUCCAAUUCGAAUUCUAGCUCCAGCUGCAGCUCAAGUUCCUCUCCCCCCCAGCUGUAUCAUCAUCAUCAUCAUCAACUGCACCACCAGUCAUCGCCCCCUCCGACGCCCUCAUCGAUGUCCGCAAACAUGACCACAAAUGGCCAUCAGUUGUAUCCGGCGAUAACAGCGACCUAUUGGCUACCCCCACCGAAUCCGGCGCCAUAUUUAGUUCCAGAGCGCAAACUUUUCGUUGGCAUGCUGAAUAAAAAGUACACAGAAGCCGAUGUGAGGCAACUAUUCACGGGCCAUGGAACCAUUGAGGAGUGCACCGUGCUGAGGGAUCAGGUGGGCCAGAGCAAGGGCUGUGCUUUUGUAACAUUCGCAACCAAACAGAAUGCCAUUGGGGCGAUCAAGGCCCUUCACCAAAGUCAAACCAUGGAGGGAUGCUCUGCUCCCCUUGUUGUUAAGUUCGCUGAUACCCAAAAAGAAAAGGAUCAAAAGAAAAUGCAACAAUUUCAUGCAAUAUGCGGCAUCAAUGCCCUAACCCAGACACCCAAUGGAGCUGCUGCAGCCACAGCGCCCGUGACAUCGAAUCCAGCUGCCACGGCAUUGAUAGCCACGGCAGCCAAUGGCCAGGGGGCAGCAGCAGCCCGUCCUACCCUAGCAGCAGCAGUUCCCACAGCUGCUCAGCAGGCAGCAGCAGCCGCAGCAGUUGGCGGAGCAGCAGUAGCCGCUGCAGCAGCACAAAAUGCAGCUGCCACUUUGGUACCAGUGCCACAAGCAGCCACAUUGAAUCCUGCCUCGUUGCUGGCCACUGUUGGUAAUCAUCAUCAUGCGCAUCAUCCCCACCAUCACCCCCACCACCAGACACCUGGGGCAGCGGCAGCAGCAGCAGCGGCGGCCUAUCUAUCGGAUCCAAAUGUGCAGUUGUUUCAGCAAUUGCAGCAAUAUGGUCUCUCACCGGCACAUUACUUGCAAGGAUUAAAUUUCCACCCACCGGAUAACAGUGCCCACCACAGCCAGCACGGUGCAUCAGCCGCUUCCGCCGCCACUCUAUCGGCUGUCGGGAACGUUGCCGCAGCCGCCGCCGCUGCAGCAGCAGCACCACCACCACCAGCUCACCACCCACACCCCCACCCUCACCACCAACACCCCGCAGCAGCAAUUGGCGGGACAGCCGGGACACCAUCCAGCGGCGGGAUCUCUGCCGCCGGGCAUGUUGCUGGCACUGGACUGCUCGCCGGUCCAUCCAUGUCUAUGCAGAAUUUGGUAACUCUAUUGGCCACGCCCACGCAUCAGCUCACCGCCCCCAACAGCAACAACAACAACGGCAGCAGCAGCAGCAUCAACAACCACAAUACCACCACCACAAGCAACAACAAUUCAUCUUCUGUUAACCUUCAACGUCAGGCUUUGGCGUUUAGUCAAUUGGUCGCACAUCAGCAUCCGCUGACACAAGGACAUGCACAUCCUUCGAGUAUACAACAAAUAAUGGGCGCAGGACCCGCUGCCGCCACACUAAGUGCCAUUUGGCCGACAGCAGCCACCGAACCUUAUGCACCCACACAUCUCAGUGGAUUGACCAAUGGGUCAGCAACCGUUGCCUAUGGAGCCGCCGCACAGCCCCUAACUGCCAGCGCCCUUCAAGCAGCUGCAGCGGGCGUGGCGGGCAAACAGAUCGAGGGGCCCGAUGGCAGUAAUCUGUUCAUAUAUCAUCUACCUCAGGAAUUCAUUGAUACGGAUCUCGCAUCGACAUUUUUGCCCUUUGGCAAUGUGCUGUCAGCCAAAGUGUUUAUCGAUAAGCAGACAAAUUUAUCGAAAUGCUUCGGUUUCGUUUCCUAUGACAAUCCACAUUCGGCAAAUGCGGCCAUUCAGGCGAUGCAUGGUUUUCAAAUAGGCACAAAACGCUUGAAGGUCCAAUUGAAACGUUCCAAGGAUGCGGCCAAGCCGUACUAAACACAUACACACACACACUCACCCCACACCUCUCUCCACACACACAUACACAUUUAGCUAUUAGGUAUAUACAUACAUACAUAUUUGUGCCUUUUUAGGGAAAGUUUUGUCGAAACCAAAGGACCAAAUUUAAUAAUUAAGUAAAUACAUUUACAUAAUACAUAUUUUCGAGUGCACAAAUAAAGAAAAUCCCACAAAAACCAAUCCAACAAUUCAAACCAAAGAUGGAAGCAGAAGUGAAAUGUUGUUGUUAAUCGUUUUUGCUGAACAAAACACAAAAAAAAAAUUUAACAAAAACCCCCCAAAAAAAAAAAAAACCCCACAAAUCUAAAGCUGCUUUUUGUUGGCGGCGCCAAAGUAUUUUUCAAAGCCAAAUAGUUAAGCAAAAAAGUAAAAGUAAAAGCAGUGACAAAUGUUUUGCAAUAAAAAAAAAAAAAAAAUUGUUAAUUUUUUAUAAAUAAUAGUAAAAGAAAUUUGUAGUAGUUCACAACAUUCGAAACUUCACAAGAAAAACAACAAAACCUAAACAUAAAGAAAUUGCAUUAAGUCAUUGUUAAUCAACUGAAUCCUCCGUUGAUCCUUGAAAGCUUUAUGAAAAAACUAUUUGAUUUAAAAACAACGAUAGUAAAAUCGAUAACGAUAACUAAAAACUUAUAUCAAAGUCAAAUUUAUUGGAUCUAUUCAAUCGGAGGGUUGAAAACUAGAAAUAUUUAAUUAAUUUUCUUAAAUUAAAUGCACCAUUGUUUAUUUCAAUAUAACUUAACCCUCUAAUUAUCAUAUAGUCAUCUCUAUAUAGUUGUAAACUAUUUAAAUUUAAACAAAAAAAACUAAAAAGAGGUAAAUAUAAUUAAUUUAAAGUGUACUUAAUUUUUGCACAUGGAAGAACAUUAAAAAAGAAACAUAAACAAAAGCGAAAUCUAUAAAUUAAAAAUAAAAUAUUAAGUUUAGUGAAUACAAUUAAAAUUCUAAUCAUAAAUGAAAGAAACGAAGCUUUUUAGUGAGUAUCGAAAAUGUAAUUGUACUUGUAAUCGUUCAUGUACUUGUAAGUACUGGUAAUUGAUAAAAGGCAAAAGUCCAUAACUAAAAUGGUUUUCAUAUUUUCAAACAAUAAAUAACUUAAAUAUAUACAAUAAA